GUCAGUCGCCUUGGAUUUGGCGUGGCCCGGGAUCAGCGAGCGUGCCCAACUCCCUAUCCGCCCCAACGCCAGGCGAGGGGCGACGCCUCGAGGUAAAAUCUAGGAGGUGCGGGAGGCUAACUGCGUAGGCCCUGUUGAGAAUCCUGAGGCUCUCGGCGGCGCAGGAGCGGAGGCGAUGGCGGAGGAGCAGGAAUGUGAUUUCAAGAAGUCAUGUGCCGACUCUGAGGCAGCGGCGGCUGCAGAACCUCUGGGAUCCCCUUCGGAGACCACCGCCGUCGCCGCAGAGUCGCCGGAGCUCGAGAACUACAGUAGCAAGUGCGUGUUCUGCCGGAUCGCGGCGCAGCAGGAUCCCAGCACUGAACUCCUGUACUGUGAGAAUGAAGACCUAGUUUGCUUCAAAGAUAUCAAGCCAGCAGCACCUCAUCAUUAUCUUGUGGUGCCAAAGGUGCAUAUUGGAAACUGCAGAUAUCUAAAGAAAGAUCAGAUAGAACUGGAAUGGAUAAAGAAGAUGUGGUACAUAUAUACAAUGGACUAUUACUCAGCCAUAAAAAGGAACGGAAUUGUGCCAUUUGCAGAGACGUGGAUGGACCUAGAGACUGUCAUACAGAGUGAAGUAAGUCAGUAAGAGAAAAACAAAUAGCGUAUAAUAUCACUUAUAUGCGGAAUCUAGAAAAAUGAUACAGAUGAACUUAUUUGCAAAACAAAAAUAGAGAUGCACACAUAGAGAACAAACAUAUGGAUACCAAGGGGGCAAUGGGGAGGUGGAAUGAGUUGGGAGAUUAGGAUUGACAUAUAUACACUACUAUGUAUAAAAUUGAUAACUAAUGAGAACCUACUGUAUAUCACAGGGAACUCUACUCAGUGCUCUGUGGUAACCUAAAUGGGAAGGAAAUCCAAAAAAGAGGGAAUAUAUGUAUACAUAUAGCUGAUUCACUUUGCUGUACAGCAGAAACUAACAUAACAUUGUAAAGCAACUAUACUCCAAUAAAAAUUAAUUUUAAAAAAGUUAUAAACAAAUAAGUUAUAGUAUGGCAUAUGAGUACAUAUUACCUGAGAGUGAGACCAUAUUGGUACCUGCCUUGUAGUUUCCUGCCUUGUAAUUUCCUGUAUAGAUGAAGUAGGACCAAAGUUUAAUUAUGAGAUUUUAGUGAUGAACUUUUAGCCUCUGAAAAAGAGAUUCUGAAAUCUUGUCUCUUACAGGAUUAUCCUGUAUUUUCCUAUACAUGAUUUCUGUGACUUGUCAGCUACGGUUUACUAAGACAUUGCUAAGUUUACUUCAAACCUGCUUCAAUAGCCAUUGUCAUCAGGGUCUGGGAUGUUUGGUCAAUACUUUAAGGUAGCUGGCAAGAUAGAUAAGUUGGGCCAGAUUUUUGAAGGUGACUAAGAAAUCUCUUUGAUGAAAACCUCGAUAUGUGGUUUAUUAGUGUUUAGACUACUGAAUUACCAGUUUUUAAACUGUUUUUUCGAGGUAUUGUGAAAUUCCUUAGUCAUCUUCAGUUCUAUCAGUAUGUUUCAUGCUCCUUCCAACAGACAGAGGCCAAUAUACGUGCAGUAUUUAGUACUAGGCAACAGCCACCAGCCUUAAGUAUUUCCUUUUAUACUGUUUUUCUUAAGGAGGGAGAAAUGUGUUUAUGCUUGCUUUUCUUUUUCUAGUAUUUCUUUUCUUGUUAAAAGUUUUUAUAACAGUUGCAAAUCAAAUGUUACUAAUUUUGAAGCAGCAUGGUGGGUGUUUGGGAUUUCAUUAUAUGUACUGUUUUUACUGAUUUUGUGUAUAUUUGAAUAUUUCCAUAAUAAAACUUUAAAAGUCCUUGAAAUUAAUAUUUUUACACAGUCUAUAAAGUUGGAAAAAUAAUAAACAUAUGGAAGAGCUUAAUAAUACUAUCAAGCACUGUGACUAUAAUUGACAUUAAUAGAACUUCACCUAACUAUAGAAUAUACAUUUUGUUAUGAGCACAUGUUCACCAAGAUAGUCCAUAUUCUGGACAAUAAAAUAAGUCUCAAUACAUUUCAGAUGAUCAAAAUCUUAUAAAAUACAUUGUCUGAUGACCAUGGAAUUAAAAUAAAUAAUAAAAUCUAGAAUAGCACUAAAUAUUUUUAAGUUAAAACACUUUUAAGUAACUUCUAAAUAAAUAGGUAAAAAAGACAGUAUUUUGAACUGAUUGGUAAUAAAAAUACAACAUAACAAAAUUUGUAGAAUGUAGCUGAAGAAGUGCCUAGAGGGAAAUUUAUAGCUUUAAGUGCUUACAUUAGAAAAGGAGGUACAAAACCAAUGACCUAAGUUUCCAGUUUAGGAUGCUAGAAAGAGGCAAGCAAAUCAGAUCAAAAUAAAGUAUAAAGAAGGAAA